AUGACUGACUACAGCAAAUGGACCAAAGACGACCUCGUGGGCCGCAUCAAGCAGCUCGAGAAUGAGAUCAAGUCCCAGAACGGCGACCUGCUGCCCACAACCCCAGCAAAACACCAGGACCCGGAGGCAGUCUCACUGCCCGGCGAGCCCGCCAAGAAAAAGGCGAAGAAGAAGGGCAAGGGAAUCGAUCCGGCCAAGUAUUCGAAGCGCUUCGUGGCCCUCAAGCUCGCUUACCUGGGCAAGAACUAUAAUGGCUUCGAGUACCAGCCGACGGGGGCCAUGUCCACCAUCGAGGAAGAGCUGUGGAAGGCACUUGUCAAGGCGUGCCUGAUCUUCCCGGGCCCGGAGCGGCCUAACGAGGUCGACUGGAACUGCUGCGAGUACUCCAAGUGCGGCAGGACGGACCGCGGCGUGAGCGCCUUCGGUCAGGUCGUGGCGCUGCGGGUGAGGAGCAACAAGCCCGUCAAGGGGGCAAGGAGGAAGCCCCAGGCUGCGGCAGCGGGUCGAGCCAGUGGGGGCGACAUUCAAAUGGGCGGAACACCGGCUGCCGAGGAGGCUAAGUUGGAGACGGAGGAGGCAGAUGAAGAGCAGGAUAAUGAGGACGAUGACACGCCGCUGCCGGUCGACCAGGAGAUCCAGUACUGCCGCGUGCUGAACCGCAUCCUGCCACCGGACAUCAAGGUCUACGCCUGGUGCCCGAAUCCUCCCCCGGACUUCUCGGCACGGUUCAGCUGCCGGGAGAGGCAGUACCGCUACUUCUUUACACAACCCGCCUUCGCACCACUGCCAAACUUCCUCGAGGAGCUCAACGAUAGCAACGGCGCCAGCAACAGGGAAACCAACGGCCAGGAGGCACCAUCCUCCUCAAGCAGGCCAAAGGACGGCUGGCUCGACAUCGACGCGAUGCGCAAGGCGGCCAAGAUGUUCGAGGCGUGCACGACUUCCGCAACUUCUGCAAGGUCGACCCCUCGAAGCAGAUCACCAACUUUGUGCGGCUUCCGCGACCCCACCGCGGAGCCCGGGGUGGCGCACCCCAAGGUGUACUACUUCCACGUGCGCGGGUCGGCCUUCCUGUGGCACCAGAUCCGCUGCAUGGUGGCGGUGCUGUUCCUCGUUGGCCAGGGCCUGGAGGACCCCGGGGUGGUGGCGGAGCUGCUCGACCCGGACCGGCACCCGCGGCGGCCCAACUACGUGCUGGCCGACGACAGGCCGCUGGUGCUGUGGGACUGCGUGUUCGGGCGGGAGAACGCCGACGGGGCGGCCGACGGGGUCGACUGGGUCUACGUCGGGGCCGACAACCCGCUGAACCUGCACGGCUCGUGGGGCGUGGCCAACGACCUGUGGGGGCACUGGCGCGAGAAGAAGAUAGACGAGAUCCUGUCCAACAGGCUCCUUGACUGGGUUGGCCAGAAGACGGGCGUGGACCGCGUGCCCGAGGCCGGGAGCCAGGCUCUCCGGAAGGCCACGACGAGCGUGAGGGGCAGUGCGAGGGUCUACGAGGGGGGCAACGGGCCCCGGUUCGUGGGCGCGUACGUUCCUCUGCUGAAGAAGGACAAGCUGCACAGUCCGGACGACCUGAACGACCGCUGGGCGCAGCGCAAGGGAUUCAAGAACGCCGAGGAGAUGAGAGGCGUGGGUAACUGGAGGGAUGCGAUCAAGGAGAUGAAGGGCAGCGCCGAAGACGACGCGGCCAAUGAGUAA